UUCUCCUUCUGGAAUUCUCUCCAAAACUCAGCCGCAUCAACAGCAAUGGCGGGGAUUGAGAAAAUCCCAAUCAAUGAAGCUACGGAUUCAAUAAAGAAGAAGAGAAAGAGAAUUAGGGAUAAAAAGAACAAAAAAAACUCCCAACCAGAAAAAUCAGAACGCGAAGAAGAGAAGAAGGAUUACUUGACACAUGGAGGCAAUGAUGAAGGGGAAGAAAUUGGAGAACAGAAAGCAGAAGAAGAAGAAGUAGAAGAAGAAGAAAAAAAGAAAAAAAGCAAGAAAAAAUUGAAGACGGAGCAAAAAGAGAAGGAAGAAGAGGAAAGUGAAGAAGUGGAGGUAAAGAGAAAGAUGACGUUACGAAGUGGGUCUGGGAUUAUGAGUACGGAUACAUUUGCGUCUCUGAGUUUAUCCGAACCCACAAUGAAUGCCAUCAAGGACAUUGGUUUUCAGUACAUGACUGAGAUCCAAGCUCGGGCAAUUCCUCCACUUUUGGCACAAGAGGAUGUUCUUGGAGCUGCAAGGACAGGUUCAGGAAAAACCCUUGCCUUUCUCAUACCAGCUGUUGAGUUGUUGUAUCAAGGCAGUUUUAAGCCUCGCAAUGGAACUGGCGUUGUUGUCAUUUGCCCGACAAGGGAGUUGGCCAUGCAGACACAUGAUGUGGCAAAAGAGCUUCUCAAGUAUCACUCACAGACAGUUGGCUUGGUAAUUGGUGGUAACACACGAAGAGCAGAGGCAGAGAAGCUUGUCAAAGGACUUAAUCUUUUAGUAGCAACACCUGGUCGUCUUCUUGACCAUCUUCAAAAUACUAAAGGCUUCAUAUAUAAAAGCUUACGGUGCCUGGUGAUUGAUGAAGCAGAUAGGAUUUUGGAAGCAAAUUUUGAAGAAGAAAUGAAGCAGAUCAUUAAAAUUUUGCCAAAGAAGAGACAAACUGCACUUUUCUCUGCUACACAGACUAAGAAGGUAGAGGAUCUUGCGCGCUUGUCAUUUCAGAAAGCUCCUGUCUACAUUGACGUGGAUGCUGGAAGGAAGCGGGUCACCAACGAAGGGCUACAGCAAGGCUAUUGUGUUGUCUCAAGUGCCAAAAGAUUUAUCCUUUUGUAUUCCUUCUUGAAGAGGAAUCUGUCAAAGAAAGUGAUGGUCUUCUUCUCAUCCUGCAGUUCUGUCAAAUUUCAUUCAGAACUUUUUAGAUACAUUCAGAUUGAUUGUUUUGAUAUCCAUGGAAAGCAAAAGCAGCAGAAACGAACUUCCACCUUUUUUGAUUUUUGCAAAGUGGAGAAGGGUGUCUUGUUAUGUACCGAUGUCGCUGCACGUGGUCUUGAUAUUCCUGCUGUGGAUUGGAUUGUACAAUACGAUCCCCCGGAUGACCCUAAGGAAUAUAUCCAUAGAGUUGGUCGAACGGCACGUGGGGAAGGUGCAAAAGGGAAUGCCCUGCUUUUCCUUAUUCCGGAGGAGUUGCAUUUUCUUCGGUACCUUAAGGCUGAAAAAGUGCCUGUGAAAGAGUAUGAAUUUGAUGAUAAGAAGCUUGCAAAUGUGCAAUCCCACCUGGAAAAGCUGGUUUCAAACAAUUAUUACUUGAACAAGUCGGCUAAAGAUGCAUACAGAUCUUACAUACUAGCUUAUAAUUCACAUUCUUUGAAAGACAUCUUUAAUGUUCACCGACUUGACUUGCAGGCUGUGGCUGCUUCAUUCUGUUUUACAUCUCCUCCCAAAGUAAACUUAAACAUAGACAGCAAUACAUCCAAAUUCAGGAAGAAGAUGAAAAAAGUUGAAGGAAGUCGGAAUGGAUUUGGUGAGAAAAAUCCGUAUGGUAGGAAAGGCGAAGAUGAAACGAGACAGUUUGUCAGAUACUAGGAUGAGGUAAUUGAAGCCAAAUUAUACUUUUCUCAUCUGUUUUGAAACGCGAGUUUUUAAUUUAUGGAUGUAAUUUUUUGAGACUAGGAUCCUAAGUUUGUACUCUACCGACAGUACUAACUUCAUUACCAUAGAAAAAUGACAGAACUGGCCAAUUUUGUUUUGUUUCUUUCGCCGUUCCCUUUUAUUUUUUAUAUCUGCAUGUUUAGUAUGCACUACUAUGGAUUAUACUGACUGAUGUAGUAAUGAAUACUAUUGAAUCCACCUUAUCAAACACGGAUUUUGACUAUGGUUUUCAUACAUGUCAGUUUGGAUUUUAGUA